AUGAAAGGUCAAGAUAAGAAGCAGGAGAGAAGCACUAAAGUAGAAAAGGAAGGAAAGCACAAGAAGGAUCGAGACAUUACCAAGAAUGAAGACGAUUGCCUCAAGGACUCAGUAUUUGAAGAGAUUGUUGAGAGUGUACUUAAGAAGUCUUUGGAGGAGUGCAUAGAAGACUUUAGGAAGAUAGCUCCUUCAGCUGAGGAACACAGUCUGGGAAGAGAGACUGUGGAAGCCUUUCCACCUACAAAGGAAGCUGUCUCUGGAAAAGCAGGCAGGGAUGAAGGUGGGAUGAUGCUUCUAGAAGCAGAACAACAGGAGCCUCGGCCCGAGAAGAGGAGACACAGCAGGCUUCCUCUGAAGGACAAAAAUGAGAAAAAUGAGAACCCAGAAGCAGACAAUGGGGGGCGUAAAGAAAACCGGAAAGGAGCGCCCAAGAAAAAAGUUCAAGGCAACGCCCAGAUCAUUCACCAAGAGGAAAAGCGAAAGGAGGGGGAAGAGAAGGAGGCAGCAGAUGAAGGAAGUGAUUCAUGUUGGUGUGUGGUAUGGGUUCAGUGCUCCUCUCCAGCCUGUGGGAAGUGGAGGCGCAUCUGCAGUGACAUAGACCCAUCAGUUCUGCCUGAUGACUGGUCCUGCAGCCAGAACCCAGAUCUUCAGUACAACAGCUGCAGCGUUCCUGAGGAAACGUGGUCGGGGUCUGAGAGUGAGGUGGUCUACGCAGUUUAUAUUCCUGGGUCAAUUGUGUGGGCCAAACAGUAUGGAUACCCAUGGUGGCCUGGUAUGAUAGAAGCCGAUCCUGACAUUGGAGAAUAUUUCCUAUUUUCUUCUCGUACAGAUUCACUUCCUUCCAAGUACCACGUGACAUUUUUCGGUGACUCCGCGUCCCGGGCUUGGAUCUCUGCUUCUAUGCUGAGGAACUUUGGCGAACCAAAUGCAGAGGAAAAUUGUCUGGCUAAGCCCAAGAGCAAAGGUGACAGGAAGAAUCUGGAAGGUGCUCAAAAGAUGGCUAAGGAAGCAGAGCAAAUAAGCAUUCAGGAGAGAAUAAGAAUAUUUGGAUUCUGCAGCCGGUUCAAUGGGAAAGACCACAAAGGUCCUAAGAUGUCAUUUAUUGUGCCAAGGUGUAAGGAUGCUAAAGCCAAACAACCCAGUUCCUGUACAGACAGCAGCAAUGCUAACUUAUUGCCAUCUGGCCAUCCCGCUGAGAAGGGUAGCUUGGACAAGGCUGAAACCUCUCAGGUGGCAGAAAAGUAUCUGGUGUUGAAUAAUGUCACUGUGAGACAUGAGGAGUCGGAUGCGUUGAAGGCAUUUGGAGAUGAAGAAGAAAUUUUUGGCAGCCAGGAAAUGACUGUCUUUGCUGAGGAGAAAAAUUACUCUCCUGAAGAGUUCUCUUUGGCCUUGUUUGAAGAGUAGCACU